AUGACUUGGAAACGUCCAUCUGGUCCAGUUCACAUAUGGAAAAAAAUUAACAUUCAUGACACAAAUAAUGUUGAACGUAAAUUUACAAUUCAAGAAAUUUCAAGUGAUCAAUAUGAAGAAGUUGUCAAUCACAUGUCUAAUAUUUACACUCGAUAUGAACCCAUGACAUCUUGCUACAAUUUAGCUGAAGAUGAAAAAUCAUUAAAAGAUUUUCAAGACAUUUGGAAUGUGAUGUUACAACAGGGAAUUUCAAUUGCAGCUUAUGAAACAAUUGAUGAAUCAAAAACAUCAAUUUUAGCUGGUUUUCAAGGUGAAAGCUCAAAAAUAUUAUUUGACUUUCAAAAUAAAUGUUAUGAAAAAUUAGAUCCCCAUGAAUUGUAUGGUGUUGAUGAAUAUCUUGGUGCAUUUGGGUUGAGUGUAGAUCUAAAUUAUCGACAACUUGGUCUUGGAAAAAUUCUACUUGAAACAAGAGAUGAUAUUUGUCGUGAGUACAAUAUUAAAUACACAUCAACAUUUUUUACAAGUUCAUUUGCUCAAAAAGCAGCAACACAUGCUGGAUUUACAGUAAAACUUGAUCAAAAAUUCGACAAUGCUAUUGAUAAAAAUGGUAAAAAAUUAUUUCCAAAAUUAUCAGUCUAUGAUUUAUUGAGAAAAUUGAAUGCUUAUAAAAAAUUACAUGCUUAUAAAAGUACUUAA